AAUGUCAAAAAUCAAUUUAGGAUACCUACCUACCUACUAAAACCAGAUUUUUGUGCGUUUGCCCAAGUUACCUAGGUAUUUUAUUAAAUCUAUAUACUUAUUGUAUAAAAUAAAAUCAGAAUAACAAUUGAUUAACUAUAUAAUCAGCUUUAUUUGGAUGAAGGAUUAUAUUUUAGCUAUAAAACCGCCCGGUCGAAAAUAUUGUUUAUUUGAAGAUUUCUAAGGAGACUAUGGAUAUAGCACAUAUAGAGAUAAAAAAGGAAGCGGAGCAGGAAUACUUUUUUAUCGCCGAAUUUGGUGAUAAAGGGAACCUCGAAAAAGAGCCUGACGAAAUUUUGCAUACAGACUAUAAUGAUUUAAUCACCAAGUCCCCGCAACUAUGUAGUUUUUGUUGUAAAAUCCUAGAAAGCAGCUAUGCUCAACUACAACACAAUAUAAGUCAUAUGAGAAUUCAUAUUCCAAGGGUAUGCGAGGCACAAGAUGACUUGAUAUUUAUAUGUAAAACUGAGAUUGAAGACGAUGAAAAACUAUGUGAAGAGCAACAUGAACCUUUAACUAAUUACUCACUAGAUAUUACAGAGAACAGUACUGAAAAUGAAUACACACCACAGAUAACACAAGAAAAUGCAGAACAAACAACAGAUAAUACAAUUCAAAAUAACUAUGAAGAUAUAACAAUUACAAAUAACUGUGAGAGUAAUUCUAUUACAAAUAAAGUUGAAGAUAAUACAAUUGCAAAUAACUCUGAAGAUAAUACAAAUACAAAUAACUCUGAAGAUAUUACAAUUACAAAUAAAUCUGAAGAUAUUACAAUUCCAAAUAACUCUGAAGAUAAUACAAUUACAAAUAACUCUGAAGAUAUUACAAUUACAAAUAACUCUGAAGAUAUUACAAUUCCAAAUAACUCUGAAGAUAUUACAAUUGCAAAUAACUCUGAGAGUAAUACAAAGAAAGUGAAGAAAAAAAAGAAGUGCAUUUGCGGAAAAUAUGAUUGUAAAGAGAAAUCACUACAUAAAGUGAAGUUAACUCUAUGUGAUUUGUGUGAGAAACCAUUUAGUAAACUGUAUCUCUACUUGCAUAAGAGACUAAUGCAUGGAGAUAAAGAAUUGAAAUUACCAGAAGAACACCUCAAUAUUGCUGUACUUUCUAGUUUCUAG